AUGACCUCGCGAGAAGAUAACGUCCUCGCCGCCCGCGACCCGUCUCUCGCCGACGAGAACGACUGGGAAGAGUUCAGCCUCUCCGAGGUCCGCGUCCUGCUGCCGGGCAAGUCCCGCUAUGCCAAUCUGCUCACGGCCUCGCCGGAGACUCCCGUCCAGGUGACGGGCUGUCUGGAUGAGGUGGAGGAUGAGCAGGAGCGAUUGGUCCUCGACCCCGAUUACCUCACCAAACGCAUCGUGCUCGAAAACGUCACCCACUUCGCCUACGGCCAGCACAAUGACGGCGAAGUCGGCUUCUGGGUCGCCGGCCGCGCCGGCUGGUUCGCCAUCUCCCCCGCCAAGGGCUACAAGCCCAUGUUCAAUGACGUGGUCGAGGCUAUUGACUUGCUGUAUUUUCUGGCCGAUCGCCAUCAGUCGAAACGGCGCAAGAGGGGGUGGAACCCCAGUGUGGAGUAUUUGUGCGAUGAGUACGUGAGCCAUACGCACGGCAUCUGCGAGGACGCAGACGAUUCCGCAGAGGUGUUCUACAAACAUCAUCACUUCCUGCUGUCCCGCAUGCUGAAGGGCGAGGAGAACGUGCAGUGGACGAAUACGAGCAUUUUCGAGCAUCUGUGUGAGAAGUUCCCGGAGGAUUACGAGCAGAUUAAAGCGCAGUACGAAGGCGUGAAGGAGGUAGAGUCCGAGGACGAAGAAUCGGAAGACGACGAGAUGAAAGAAGAGAAGACACACGAGCCCGACUCCACCGGUCUAUCCAAAGGACAAGCCGACUCUAUAUACGCCGUCAUCCUCGACCUCAAGGAGGCAGGCUACCUGGCCAAACGCCAACUCAACCUCGACCUCCUCCUCACCACCCUAGUCUCCCGCUUCGAGAUCGACGGCCCCGAAUACGCGCACGACCUCGUCUCCUCCCGCGCCGACGCCAUCCUCUCCCUCAUGGACGACGCCAAAACCUACAACUUCGACUGGUCCCGCAAGGUCAUCUACCGGGAACUCAAAGCCGCGUCGCGCAAGAACCGCGUCCAAGAAAUCACCCUCACGCCCCUACGGCCCCGGCCCGCCGAAAACAAUGUCUCCUCCGGCGAAGGCGAAGGCGACGGCGACGGCGACCAAAGCGAGCCAGACGACGCCCCCAAACCCCGGCGUCGCCGCGUCCGCAAAUCCGUCUUACGACCUAAAUCCUCCGUCGCGUCCAAACGCACCGGGAAACGCACGCGCAGCGCGGCGGCGGCAGCAGACCCAGACGACGCCUACGCAUCAGAUCCCAACCCGGACGCGAUGGACGACCUCGAGACCCCCAGCAAAGUCCGCGGGCACGAUCUUGUCCGCGAUCCGCUCUCCACGCGCGCCAAACGCAGAACCCGCUCCAUCCUCUCCGACUCCGGGUCGAAUUACCAGAAGGCGCCCCUCCAGGAAACCCUCCAGAGCCGGAACACCUCCGUGUCGGCUGCGGACCGCGAACCCACCGCCGACCCGUCGGAGAUGGACCAUCCCCCCGAUGCCGACGAUAGUCUGUCGGAUACAUGGACGUGUCAGGUGCGGGGAUGCGGGAAGGUCAUUCACAAGAGCCAUUCUAAGCGCGGGAAGGACAUGAUCGAGGACCAUUCCCUGGCGCACGCGGACGAUGCCAAGGCGAAGAUGGAUUUGGUGUUUGCGGAACAGAGGCUGAAUGUUGGGCUGCCGGUGGAUAAUCUGCUCAAUCGGAUUAGGGAGCUGGGCGCGGGCGCGGCGAUUGGGGAGCUGGCGGAGGGCGUCGCGGUGAAUGGGCUGUCGGUGUAA